GGUUACUGACAAAACAUCAUCGGACAGAGGCUGGCAGCGGACUGUUCACAGAUGCACCUCGCUGCGCACUUGACAUUCAGUUUGAGCUCUGAUCUGGUGAAUGGCGUACCGCCCGAGCUCUGACCAACAAAACAGAGGACAGUGCGACUCAGUCACGGGACAGAAAACUCAAAUCGAAUGAAAAGUCAACUGGAAAUAACCCCCAAAAGGAAUGUUCUUUUGAGAUCUCAAAACAUCAGCAAACGGCACACCGCGGCUGUCAAGCAUCAGGUAGAAGGCCAGACCCACCAGGAUACACCAUGGCUCUGGUAGCUCUCCUGCUGGUUUCGGUGGCAGCGGCCACCACGCAGGCUCUGUGCCCCCACGAGGCUACCGACCUCCUGCCAUGGAGUGCGGCCGCCUCUUGGAACAAACAAACGGUGCCUUCCGGCGGUGACAUCACGAUCGACAGACCUAUUUUGUUGGACGUCAGCCCUGCUGCGAUGGGGACGAUCACCAUCACCGCCGGCGGACGCCUCGUCUUUGACGCCACCUCCCCCACGACGCUGACGCUGAGCGCCAACAUGGUGGAGCUCAGCGGCGGGGAGUUCUGGAUCGGCUCGGAGGACUGUCCGUACACCGGAGACGCCGAGGUUCUUCUCACCGGCACACGCGACGAGAGCGAGGGCGCCCCCGGCGUGCAGAAGGCCGUCGUCGUUCACCAAGGCGUCUUUGAGGUUCACGGACAGCCCAAGCUGUCUUGGACUAACAUUGAUGCCACUGUUCGCAAAACGUCCCGGCGUGAAGUAGGACACAAAGCCAUUUAUAGUGCUGUUGAAAACCACAAUGGUUUGAGAGGGAGAGGACUGUUCAUGGUUGAGUUUAAUGGCACUGGACACCUUGUCCGAAACUGGAAACAUGUUGUGAAACCUUCGAAAUUCUUUCGUCGCAAACAACACAUCGGAAACAUUGUUGUCGUUGUUGUGAGAUCCAAGGCAUUCUUCGGAAGGAGAUUUUCUCCGGAGGAAAUAGCGGCAGCAUUCGAAGACCUCUGCUAUGACAGACAGCGAACCAGCGCCUUGAGAAGCAUGGAGAACAAAGAGCUGACGGCGUUCGCGGCCAUCUGCCACAUCGGGUUCCCGGAGAACAGUGUGGAAGCGGUGGGCACCGUCAGCAACGACCGCUCCCAGACGGGACUGCUGGUACAGCGGAUCGGCGACGUCGAGUUCGCCGCCAUGUCCGUCGUCUCCCCGCUUAGAGAAGCGCACGCCAAUCGUAUCGAGGUGGUGUCUUACCCUGCAGGGGGCUCAGCUUCACUGGAACGGGUUCUAAAAACAGUAAAUCCUGUCGAUAGUUGGAAAGCUGGAGACCGGAUUGUGCUAGCCUCUACCGAUUUCGACUACAAUCAGGCCGAAGAGUUUGAGAUACUGGAGUGCGACAGUUGCACUGCGAACGAGGUGAAGAUCAUGGGUCCCGUGCUGUACACGCAUUGGGGUGAGGUUACUGAUGGCGUCGACAUGCGAGCAGAAGUGGGCGUACUCACACGAAAUGUCCGCUUCCACGGCCGGAUGGAGGAGUCUUGUUACGGAAACAAUCUGUGCGACAUAUUUGACUACGACACGUUUGGUGGACAGAUUAAAAUUCACCAAAAUUUUACCUCUGCACGUAUUGAGAACGCCGAGUUCUAUCACAUGGGGCAGCAGUCUGUUAUGAGUUCUUAUCCCAUCCACUUCCACAUGUGCCUGGAUACUUCUGAGAAAGACGCAUACGUUCGGAACAACUCGAUCCACCACACCUUCUCCAGGUGUGUGACGGUCCAUGGGACACACAAUCUCACCGUGGAGGGGAACAUUGCGUAUCACCAUUUGGGCCACUGCUACUUCGUGGAAGACGGUGGCGAGCAGCACAAUCAGUUCAUUGGGAAUCUGGGCCUGAGUACUAAGCCGGGAACUUUGCUGCCCACCGAUGGCGUAGACCAAGUGAGUACGUUUUGGAUCGCAAGCCCCAACAACAUUCUGAUCAACAAUCGCGCCGCCGGAUCGGAGGGGAUUGGUGUCUGGUUUCUUCUGGCCUACUUUCCCACAGGACACUCGGCCAAGGUUGACAUGGGUCUGGAAUACGGUGAACCGUUUCACACUCUGAUUCCGGCCUUCCACGGCAACCGGAUGCAUUCGAAUCGAAGAUUUGGGCUACGUCUUGCCGACAUUUUGUACGAUAACGGCACUGUCAAAUCAGCUAGGUAUACGCCACUUGAGGAUGCCAAGAACGAGGAUAGUGACCCAGCUUUCCUUCACCUAGAUGACUUGGUCGCCUAUAAGAACUUCGAGGCUGUGUGGAUCAGGUCCUAUUGGACGCUUUGCACUAAUUUCCGCCUGGCAGAGAACACCAUCGGAAUUAUCUUUGCAUCCGCUCUGCCGAUGGACCCUGGUCCUCAUUACGAGAUGCUUGCAAACUCGCGUAUCGUCGGUGACACAGACAAUAAAGGUGAACCCGAGGGGCUCGUUACUCUGAGUUCCGGUGAAGUGGUGGUAUUUGGUCGCUCGAGAGCGAUGCGAAGCGUUCACCAUGCCCAGCUGGGUGUAGCAUUUUAUCGUGGCACGACGCAUGUCGUAAACACGUCUUUUGCUGGGUUCAAGGGCAAUGCGCUGCGUGGUGCCGGUGCCAUCGGUAAGAAGCUCUUCAACGAGUACUUCACGUCGCCGAUCUCUAGCGUCCGCAAUGUAACGUUCGACUUCGCUGACCCUGAUGAAGGCUCUCGCUUCUUUGACGGCGACGGAACUGUUCGAGGCUUCAAAGAGCGAGACGGCAACCGCCACAACAUCGUGCUCGACGUUGACGGGUCGCUGACGACCGUGGCCGGUACAAGCGUCGUGAGACCGCUUCCUCUGCUCCUGAACGCCCGCUGCGUGCUGAUGCCCACCUGGGGUCCGGGUACGGCACUGUGUCCUGAUCGAUUUAUCCGUCUGAAUUUCGACCGCACCUGGCGUGUGCCAACUUUCAUGACUCGCGACGACCUGAUGUCUUCAGCGACUGAGACGCCACUAGCGAAGAAGCAGAUAAGCUACUCGCUCAACACACGUGAGUCGUACAUCUUGCACUUCAACACCACCGUGCCACACCGCUUCAAACUGACACCAUAUGGACUUGAACUGGGUCUGCAACAAGUGCUUGGGGUCUGCGUCGGCGUGAAGAAGAGGUUUAAGGUGAUACCGGACACGUACAAAGCGGCUCGGAGCAGGGAGGAGGUACUGGCCGACGACAACAACACAAAGUACUUCUACGACUCUGCGGUUGGAGUUAUCACAUUCAGGUUGACGCACCCUUACCCUCGUGGAGCAAGUACACUCUCUCAUUGUCCUGGAGUGCUGGACGAAGACCUGAAUGGUGUCUGCGAUCUGGACAUCACCAUCAUCAUGAGGACGUUCAGCGAUGACGGCGACUGUCGCCAGAGAGCCUACCCGGCUUACCAGACGCCUCCGGUGACGGCCGACGGAGCCCUCACCGUGCCCGUGUUCCAGUAGAGUCUACCAGAAGCUACCCGUGUUAGUUUACGAGGCCAUCACUCUGUCGGUAUUCCAGAAAAGUUCUGCCGAACCCUGAGGCCAACUGCCCUGUGCCGCCUCAACUGUCAUUUCUCCUACGCAAUUUCGAUGCUGAACUAGUCUGUGUCAGGCUCUGGCGUGUUGACCAAUGUGGUGCAAAUGUUUACAGGGUUUUAGCAGCCAGUCAAAUCUUUUAGACAACUCUCCCCUCAGUGUAUCUUGUUAUGUGCAUUUGUCAUGCGUGUUUGUGUGUUUCUAUGUGUGCUGCAUAUACGAGCAAUCAUG